AUGGGACAGAGUGAGGGAAAAAGCUGGACGGCCCUGCAAUUGGAGGUCGAAAGGCUUCGAGUCCCUCUGUUGUCUAAGUUGACCAUUGAGGCUCUCUUGGUUCAGGAGCAUGCAGGCAUGUCAUUGGCUGCCGUCAAAAAGGUGUUGAUAGCUGCUGGCUUCGAUGUAAAGAACAGCAGCCGCAUCAAGCUGGGCCUCAAGAGCCUCGUGAGCAAGGGCACCUUGGUGCAGACCAAGGGCCCCGGCGCUUCUGGCUCCUUAAAACUCAGCAAAAAGGCUACACCUGAGCCUGAAAAGGGCAAGUUCAGAAAGUCUGCUAAUGCGAAGAAGCUGGUUUUAACCAGAGACUCUAAGUCUCCACAAAGUGUGAAGACCAAGAGGAGAGGCUUAGAGUUAACUGCAGCUCAGAAAGCAGCCUGCAGCAACAUGAAGUCUAAAGGAGCCAAGAACAAGCAACCACGGAAUAGCGCGGGGAAGCCUAAGGCUGCGAAGCCCAGACUGACCCAGCAGAAAAGUAAUCCUAGAAAGGUGACAUCAAAGAAGUAA